AUGAGCCACUUAGGGCUGAGCCUCCUCCUCCUCCUCCUCGUCCUGUCUGUGACCCUCACCUGCCUGGACGCAGCCCCCGCGGACAGAGUGAAGAUUAGUGAUGUCUCUAAUAGGACCUCAAAAAAAGGAUGGAUGAUGACCCUGCAGACCGGACACUUCACCCCGAGCAUCGACCGACCUCCGCUGGAGAGCAACCGACAAAAGAGGAGUCAGAUGGAGAAAAGGAAAUGUAACACAGCGACCUGCGUCACUCAGCGUUUAGCCGACUUCUUGGUGAGAUCCAGCAACAACCAUGGUCCUAUCUAUGCGCCUACAAAUGUGGGGUCCUACACUUACGGCAAAAGGGACAUUGUGGGUCUUCUACAGCGGAAAUUCUUUGAUUAUCUCCAGCAUUAG